AUGAUAUAUGUCACGUACCAUAACUCCACGGUCACCUGGAGUCCUUCCCUGUCAAUCGAAAGAAAACCGUUCGAGAUCGAGAAAUUCUGCAAACGUCUUCUGAGUGUCAAAAACUGGAAGGAACAGUCACAACACGUGUACACCAGAUUCGAGAUAUUCUCGGUGUGUGAUUUGGUGAUUGAUCUGUUCAGACGUGAACAGACACUGGCAGAAAUCGCACCGCCUGUCAGAAUAGUCGGCGAUAUUCAUGGACAGUACGAGGAUCUCGUAAGACUUCUGAAUUGUCGCACGUCGACGAAUACGGAAGAUGACAAGAAGGCCAGUUAUGCGUUCGCCACGAAAAAAUGGGUAUUCCUAGGCGACUAUGUGGAUCGAGGCUUCAACUCUCUGGAAUGCAUCCUACUGGUUUUCUCUCUGAAAAUAGUCUUCCCGCGGCAAUACAUCCUACUACGUGGAAACCAUGAGACCCGAGUCAUCAAUUUCAGAUAUGGGUUUCGACACGAACUGCUCCGCCGCCAACGUUCCCAACAAGAAGCGAAUGACAUUUGGGAGAAGUUCAACGAUGCGUUCUCAUAUAUGCCGUUGGCUUGUCUCGUCGGAAUGAAGAUUCUCUGUAUGCACGGAGGAAUCAGUCCGGAACUGGUUUCCCUUGAUGCGAUACGUAUGAUCGACCGCCCGUUAACCGAUGUGAACCCGAUCCGUCUCGCUCAAGAUUUGCUUUGGGCGGAUCCGGAUGAUUUUGGAAAGCCCCAUGUGGGUGAGUUCUGCCAUAAUAAAAAUCGUGGUCUGUCGGUUUGUUUCAACGCGCCGGCUGUGCACGAAGCGUGUCGAAGACUCAAUGUUUGUAUGAUUGUUAGAGCUCAUCAGAUGAUGCCAGCGGGAUUCAAGUUUUUCGCCGAUCGCAAGUUAUGCACAGUUUUUUCAGCACCAAGAUACAUGAAUGAGAUUGAUAACCGCGGCGCUGUGCUAAAAGUGGCUGCCAACGGAAAAGUGAGCAUUAUGGUGAUGAAAAAAUCGAAACUGCAAUCAGGCAACAAGCCAAUAUCAGAAGAAGUCACGAAAUUUCCGGGACAAUCGGAAUAUACUGCAUUGGCGGAUAUCGAGGCGGCGGCGAAGAUUGGGUUGGAAUAA